AAGAGUAUUGGCUAUGAUUAUUAGAAGAUUAAAGGGACGAUAUCUACAAAUAUAAUGUAUUAUUAUUAUGAGGAGUAAAACCACAUUUUAAAUGAGUCUAAAAUGGCGAUAAAGGAGUUGGGGGGAAAGGGCCUUGGUUUCCAACCUAUAUAUGUCGGUUCUAGGUUGCUUCUUCAGUUGUUUUUUUCAAUAUAAACAGCACAAAAUUUCAUACCAACCAGUCAUUUUCAAUCAAACCUUUCACUAAAAUUCAACUGCGUAGCUAUUUCUUUUGCUGCAACAUAACGGAGCUAGUGCCUAGCAGUAUACAACAAAGUUUAGCAGUGGAACUACCUUAUGCAAAUCACAUUAAUUCAUAUUCACAAUAGUUGCUGAUAUAUCAUUCAUUCAUCCAUAUCAACUCUCUGGCUUCUGAUCGCAUAUAUUUUUCCGAUGAUUCAGAACGUACGUUAUUACCUCUCCGAGCACCCUUCCGUCGUUAAUUUUCGUUGGAGUCAUAGCCAAUCAUGGGGCAACACGUGGUCCUUCCUCUUCACCUCCAUAACUGCCUACGUCUUCUUCUCCGUCUUCCUCCAUUUCCUCCUCCUCCUCCUCUUCCGCCACCGCCGUCCUCUCCCUCUCGGCCCUAUCCCCGCCGUCCACUCCCUCUCCAUGGCCCUCAUCUCCCUCACCAUAUUCACCGGAAUCCUCCUCUCCGCCGCCGCUGAAAUCCGGGAAACUCGUUGGUUCUGGCGGCGGAGCAAAACCACCACUUUCCAAUGGCUCCUCUGUUUCCCUCUCGGCACGCGUCCUUCUGGACGCGUGUUCUUUUGGUCCUAUGUCUUCUACCUCUCUCGCUUCCUCAACAUACUGCGUACUUUCUUCACUAUUUUCAAUCGUCGAAAGCUCUCCUUCUUUCAACUCUUCAACCAUUCCAUUCUCAUAUUUAUGUCCUUCCUAUGGCUGGAAUUUUCUCAGUCGUUUCAGGUGCUCGCAAUACUAUUUACAACGUUGUUGUAUUCUGUUGUUUAUGGCUACAGAUUUUGGACGGCGAUUGGAUUGCGAAGCGCGUGCUUCCCGUUUGUAGUGAGCUGUCGGAUUUUGCUACUGGGGUGUAACGUUGUGUGCCAUGUUGGGGUGCUGUUGCUUCAUUUCAUGAAAGGUGGGUGUAACGGAAUUGGGGCAUGGGUUUUCAAUUCUGUGCUGAAUGCUGCUAUACUUUUCUUGUUUCUCAACUUUUAUGUGAAGGUGCAUCUGAGGAGUAGGAAGGUUGAAGAGACUGAAAAUUUAGACUCCGCGAUGAACAAGGACAUUUAAUUUGAAGUCAAGCCAGCUUGUCUACUUCUUUUCUUAACCAAAUCUUGCAUUGAAGUUUUGUGAGUUUGGAUUGUAAAUUCCGCUAAAGGAAUGGAGUAAUUUAUACUUUACAGUUAUGAAUACGUAUAACACUGUAAUUGAUACAGCUUAUCAGAAUUCACAGUCAAUGAUUGAAGUAGUGAUAUCCAGACGGCUGAAUCAUGACAACGUCAUUUCACGCAUGGUGAUCAAUUGAUGCCCUUUUGGUUA